AUGGCGACCGACAACAGCAAUCUAUGGACUCGUCGCACAAACACCGGCAAGUUGUCUCUUACGACAUCAGGGGCCGGUUUGAACGGCUCGUCGGCCACGGACGCCUCGCGUAAUGGCGUCUUCUCUUCCAAGCGCUUCGGGGGCGACGUCUCGGCGCACGGCAAGGCAAGCCCCUUCAACACACCCGGCGGUGGCCUAGUAUCUCCCACAAGUGGCGCGUCGAGCGCCUUUGGCCUGGGCUCUGGUGCUUUCGCAUCCUUUGGCUCGGCCAAAACGCCCAAAUCCGCGGCAAACCCGUUCGACACGGCCAUGGGCUCAGCGGUGCCCAAAACCACAGUCGCCAAAGACGGCAACAAGACGAUGAGCAAAGUGCCGAGCAUGGCUUCCAUCGCCGAGAACAAAGUAUCUGCGCCGUCGACAUUAGCCUCGAAAUCGCACCCGCUGAAAGAUGCGUGGUCCUUUUGGUACCGACCCCCCAUUUCCAAAGCCCACGGCUUCAUCGAGUACGAGAAUACGUUGCACGGCAUCGCCACCAUACGAACCGCCGAGGAAUUCUGGGAAAUAUACUCCCACCUUAAGAGGCCGUCUUCCCUGCCCGUGGUAUCCGACUACCACAUCUUCAAGAAGGACAUCCGCCCCAUCUGGGAGGACGAGGUCAAUCGCAAGGGAGGGAAAUGGGUCGUCAGGAUGAAGAAGGGCGUGGCUGAUCGUUACUGGGAGAACCUUCUUCUCUCGCUCGUUGGGGACCAGUUUGGCGAUGCUGGCGAGGAAGUCUGCGGUGCUGUGCUUAGCAUGCGUAAUGGCGAGGACAUCCUGAGUAUCUGGACACGGACGGUCGGUGGUCGUGUGCUAAAGAUUCGAGAGACUAUGAAACACGUGCUCAGCUUCCCACCCAACACCCGGGUCGAGUUCAAAACCCACGACUCCAGCAUCCAGCAGAGGACCGCCCUGGACGAGCAGCGUCGUGAAAAGGCCAACCAGAACCAGAGCGGAGAAAGACGCUACACGUCUGCUGGCCAGCGACAAAGCCUUGAUUAG